GUGGCACGUGCACCAGCGUCACUUCGCCAAGAAGCCAAAGAUGGCGUCGGAGCCCUCGAAGGCUUGGCCUGCCGUGAUCUCCUGCCCGCAGUUAGGGAGGAAGAGCCGGCCCUGGGAUGUCGGGGAGACCCAGUGCAGCCGCUGUGGAAGAAGUGUAGCUCACGGUCGCCACAGUGAACUUCAGUGUGGUCAUACUUUUUGUGAACUAUGCUUGUUAAUACCUAAAGAACACAGCACACUCAUGUGCCCUGAUUGUAAGGUUGCUUCACCUGUAAUUAUGAAACAAGGACACUACUCAAUGGAUGAAUAUAUUAAAGAAGACUCUUUUAUAGGAAAGUUGCAACCUAAAACAUUAAAGAAAUGUCCUCAUGAUUUUAAAAAGAAUGCUGAUGAGCCUGCUGUUGGUAUUGAGGCAGAACAUUCAACCUCUGUGCCCAGGACUCUCAUGAACUCAUCGGCUGUGACGUUGGAAGCUAAAACUACUGAAGAAAUUGAUGAAGCAUUGAAGGUAGCAGGAUAUAAUGUGGAGCAACUGAGGACUGCUGUACAAGUGCUUGAACAUAUACAGAAUCGAACUAAGGAGGAGACCAACAGUCUUAUACAGGUUAUGGAAAAACAGUUUGAUCAACUGUUUGCUUCUCUUAAUUCCAGGAAAAAGAAACUGUGUGAAGAACUUGUAAGAAGUACAGAUGACUAUUUAGCACAUUUGGUAAUGGCUGAAAACCACAUUGAGGAGAAGAGAAAAGACCUGGAUGCAGCCAUGAAGAUUGCAGCAGAGUUAAAAUCAGCACCUUCUCUGAGGACCUAUUGUGAUUUGAAUCAGAUUAUUCGGACUUUGAAGUUAACGUUCGAGAGUGAAUUGUCACAAGUUAGUUCUCUAAAAUUAAGGAACUCUCCUAGGUUGAAUAUGAAUUGCAGUGAGAUUAUCUGUAUGUUGAGCAACAUUGGAAAGAUUGAAUUUGAGAACUCAACAAAAUACCAUCCCCAAGAAAAUGAAACCAUACAGAAUGUUCAAAGGAAAUACAAUAAAAAGGCAUUUUGUUGUCCUGAUACGUACUUCUCACCUGAAGAGAAAAAGGAAGACAUGUCUCUCCUAAGCAGUGAAGCCCUGGAGACCAAUAGUGUGCACUUAGAGAUCAGAAACACACCACCACACAAGGAGAUGGUCGCAGCGACACCCCCCAAAGCCAUCGCUGUGCUGCCUCAAAUGGGAUCUAGUCCUGAUGUGAUCAUUGAAGAAUUCAUUGACGAAAACCUGGAAACUUGCUCUGCAGAUGGUCUUGUGGAGGCACCUGCUUAUCCAGAAGAACCUCUUCAGAAAGAGCCAUCUGUCUGUUUUGGAUCACAGACAGAUUCUCCAGAAUUGGUUUUUGUAAGCCAUGUAAUACAUCCUUGCCACUUCUACGUUCGGAAAUAUUCACAAAUAAAAGAUGCAGCACUGUUGGAAAAGAAGGUCAAUGACUUUUGCAAUAAUAAGUUACCCCUUGAUCCUUCAUACAAGUUGGAGCUAGGUGCAAGAAUAUUUGUCCACAGUAUUGAAAAUGGAAUGUGGUGCCGAGGAACUAUCACGGAGUUAAUUCCAAAAGAAAAUAAAAACAAGAGAAAAUCUUGUGGUCCAACCAGAUUCUCAGUCUGUGAAGUUGCACUAAUGCAGAUAUUCAUGGUAGACUUUGGAAAUUCUGAAGUCCUGAUUGUCACAGGGGUUGGUGAUUCCCAGAUGAAACCAGAACACAUCACUGAGCAACAUGUUUUUCUAAAUGACUUAUGUCUGGUUUUACGAAAGCCUGAGCCAUUUAUUGAAAGAUUAUUGAAAGAGAUCCCAUCAUUAGCUCAACCAUGCUCAUUGAAAGACAUUGUUCCACAGAACUCAAAUGAAGGCUGGGAAGAUGAAGCUAAGGUAGAAUUUUUGAAAAUGGUAAACAACAAGGCUGUUUUAAUGAAAGUUUUUCGGGAAGAAGAUGGUGUACUUAUCGUAGAUCUGCAGAAACCACCAACAAAUAAAAUUAGUAGUGAUAUGCCUGUUUCUCUUAGAGACGCGUUAGUAUUUAUGGAACUAGCAAGGUUUAGGUUGCAGUCAACAAGAAGUCACUCUGAAAAAAAUCCAACUUUACACUAUCAUCCACCUAUCUUGCCUAAAGAAAUGACAGAUGUUUCUGUAUUGGUUUGUCAUAUAAAUAGUCCUACUGAUUUCUAUAUUCAGGUGCUAGAGAACCAGGAUUUUCUAAUAUUGUUAAAGACAAUCGAGGAAUUCUAUGAAAGUGAAGAUGGGGAUAACCUGGAAAUCCUCUGUCCAGUUCAAGAUCAAGCCUGUGUAGCUAAAUUUGAAGAUGGAGUUUGGUACAGAGCAAAGGUUACUGGCUUACCUGGACUUCGAGAAGUUGAAGUUAAAUAUGUAGACUUUGGUAAUACUGCAAAAAUAACACGUAAAGAGAUGCGUAAAAUAAAGGAUGAGUUCAUGGAUCUGCCAGAGAAGGCAAUUAAAUGUAAGCUGGCAUAUAUUGAACCAUAUAAAAGGACAACGAAGUGGUCCAGGAAAGCCAAAGAAAAAUUUGAAGAGAAGACCCAAGAUAAAUUUAUGACAUGCUCCGUUAUUAAGAUUUUUGAAGAUAAUGUGCUGCUAGUUGAACUUUAUGACGCUGUUGGUAUUCCUGGAAUGAGUCUUACUAGUAUUAAUGAGCAGCUAGUCAAAGAGGGCGUAGCGUCCUAUGAAGGAAGAUAUACCCUGAAGAAUAAUUCUGAAAAGCAUACUGAAGUGUGGGAUCCUUCCCCAGAAGAAAUUAUUUCCAAUGAAGUGAAGAACUUCAGUGCUGUGUCUGCCAGAUCUCUGCCAGACGAGAAUCUCCAGUCACUUUACAAUAAGGAACUCCCCGUGCAUAUCUGUAAUGUAGUGUCUCCUGAGAAGAUUUAUGUUCAGUGGCUAUUAACCGAAAACUUAAUUAAUAGCUUAGAAGAAAAGAUGAUAGCUGCUUACGAACACUCCAAAUGGGAACCUGUCAAAUGGGAAAAUGACAUGCACUGUGCUGUUAAGGUUCCGGAGAACAAUCAGUGGCGAAGAGGUCAGAUCAUCAGCGUGGUCACAGACACGUUGGUGGAGGUCUUGCUGUAUGACGUGGGUGUUGAAGUAGUAGUGAAUAUUAACUGUUUAAGAGAACUUGAAGAAAGCCUAAAGACAAUGGGAAGAUUAUCUUUGGAAUGCUCGCUUGUUGACAUAAGACCAACUGGUGGGAGUAACAAGUGGACAGCCACAGCUUGCGACUGCCUCUCCUUGUACCUAACUGGAGCCGUAGCAACUAUAAUCUUACAGGACAACAGUACGACAUGGCCUUUACCUGUGAAAAUCUUCUGCAGAGACGAAAAAGGAGAGCGUGUGGAUGUUUCUAAGUAUUUGAUUAAAAAGGGUUUGGCUUUGAGAGAACGGAGAGUUAAUAAAUUAGCUGACAGCUGUUCAGCAUCUGAGAAGUCUCUAGAAUUGCCCCCGGAACAGGAAGAUUCAGUAACUACCAAGUGUACUGAGCUUAGCAUCGACCCUGACAAAACAUCUGCUGACACAACCAAUGAACACAACGUGAACACAGUUCAUGAUUUUAAGGAAACAAUCUCAGAACCAAGAGCCCCUGGAUGCUACAAACCACCAACUAUCCCGAAGAUGAAAGUAUUUGACGCAGUCGUCAGCUGCAUUGGUGAUGAUGGAACUAUAUUUAUAGUACCCAAAUUAUCAGAACUUGAGCUGUCAAAAAUGAUGAAUGAAAUUCAGAAUAAUCUAAAGUGCCUUGGUCUUUUGGAACCUUAUUUGUGGAAGAAGGGAGAAGCCUGUGCAAUAAGAGGAUCUGACACUUUGUGGUACAGGGGCAAGGUCGUGGAAGUUGCAGGCAGCACAAUUAAGGUGCAGUAUUUGGAUCAUGGAUUCACGGAGAAGAUUCCACAGUGUCAUCUUUACCCUGUUUUGUUACAUCCUGAUAUACCCCAGUUUUGUAUUCCUUGUCAGCUCCAUCACACCAUACCGGUGGGAAAUGUCUGGCAAUCUGAUUCAAUAGAACUUCUUCAGGAAUUGCUUUCAAAGAGAGAAGUGGAAAUUCAUGUUAUGGAAUUACCUGAAAACCCAUGGGAGAAAUUAUCUGUUCUUCUGUAUUUUGAUGGAAUGUCACUUUCUUAUUUUAUGGCACACUAUAAAUUUUGUACUUCUGACCAUUCUGAAGAAAUACUGAAGGAAAGGCCAACAGAUUAUGAUAAAAACUACGAGGUGGAAAGAUGGGAAAUAAAUUUUGAGGAAUUGCUUCUGUCUGAAACAGAGACCCCCAUUGUGCCAGCUUACGUGUCUUCGUCUCUGCCUCCCCCCGGAGAACUCUUUGCUGUUCAAGUGAAACAUGUGGUCUCGCCAAAUGAAGUCUACAUUUGCCUUGACUCUGUAGAGAGCUGUAAUCAGUUUAACCAUCACAGUGACACGGAUGACAGCGGAGUCAGCUGGGACUCAGAGCCUGAGAGCCUUGAAGAAGCGCUGCGGAGGUCCAACAAGAAUGUAGACACAUUUCCUCCUCUGACGGAUUUUAGAACAGAAAUGCCUUGCCUUGCAAAAUAUGAUGAUGGCUUGUGGUACAGAGCAAAAAUUGUUUCCAUUAAAGAAUUUCAUCCUUUAACUAUCCUGGUACAAUUUGUUGAUUAUGGAUCAACGGAAAAACUGACAGUAAACAGACUGCGUCAAAUUCCUCUCCAUCUUAUGCAGUAUCCAGCCCGAGCCAUAAAGGUUCUCUUGGCUGGGUUCAAACCUCCCCUGAAGGAUUCAGGAAAGACAAGAAUACCGUACUGUCCCAAGUGGAGCAUGGAGGCCCUGUGGGCGAUGAUAGACUGCCUUCAAGGGAAACAGCUGUACGCUUCCUCCAUGGCUCAGACACCAGAACAAGUAGUGACUUUAUACGACGAUGAGCAGUAUCCAGUUCACAUGUCGUUAGUAGAGAUGGGGCUCGCAGACAAAGAUGACUGAUGUGUACGUGCAGAGCACCUCCAGCACCCGGAAGGAUAUUUCUGUUACAUUUGGACUAUUUUCUUGAUUUGUUCUGCAGUUGGCUAUCUUCCACACUCCUGUCCCAUUCUUUGUUCAACUGUUAGAAGUUGUAUGAGAAAAGCAGGAAAAAAAAUAAAUAUUUGCUUUCAAACAU